AUGGAGGCGAACGCACCCCUGCGACAGACACCACCACCACCACCACCGCCGCCGCCGCCACUACCACCAGUGAAACCACAGGGUGUCACAUUCAGACACUCGGACGACACGUGGUACUCGGAAAACGAAGACGAUCUGCUCGAUAUUUGGCACACUUUGCAAGACAUCAUCAAGAGUAGAGGAAUUGUUAUGUUGGAUAAAUGCAGGUUUAAUCAUUUUUGUGCGUUCGUGGUAUCGAUGACAACAACACCCCGGGAUAAUUGUAUCUAA